AUGGCUUUCGACGGCGAUUUAUCCCGCUCUCUUAAUAUCAGUUCUGUCGAUGAAGAUAUGGAAGAUAACCUCUUAGAAAUGAAAGAUGAUCUCAUAGAUAUCCAGGUUAUCGACAAAAAUGUGAAAGAGAAAGAAGAGCCUCAAGCACUACUUAAUAAUAAGAGAAAAUCAGUAUGUGGUCAAAGAAGACCAUUAUGUAAAAAUUCGGCUCCUUAUGUUGACAAGAAAAAGUACCUUAUAUCUUCUCAAAGCUCGUUCAAAACUAAAGAAAGUAAGAAAUUUCCUACCGAAGCUUUGCGUCAGUCUUCUCUCAAGAACGGUCACCAAGUUUCGGAGAUAUUGUGUCCAAAGAACAUGCAAGAAGUGGUUCAGUCAAAGUGCCAUAAAAUUUCACUGGAUAUACCAACUGAAAGCUAUAAAGUUCUUCAAGACAAAAUUGAUAACCUUGAGAAAGAUAACAAAGAGCUGAGAGAGCAAAUAAAAGAUAAAGACAUACUGAUUCAACAACAAUCUCGAAGAAUACAUGAACUCACAGAGAGUCUUUGAAAAUUCCAAAAGUCUCAAGCCACUGAAGCUCUCGAGCAGUUAAACGAGCAGUGAAGUGAGAUAAGCCCCAAAAUAGACGAGUUCUUCAUAGAAGAAGCUAGCGCCAAAAGUCUCAACUUGAAUGACCUUGAUAAAGAAGUCAAGGAAGUCAAGAAGGAAUACUACCGUGAGAGACGAGAGAAGAGGAGAGGACAGCGUAAAAAGAUACAUCCAGAGGCUGGUCUUAAUAAAGCAUGCCUUGACACUAAGGAGGAGUAUGUCAAGAAGCAGUAUACUUCUCAGGAUUUACAUAAGUUUGCCCUCAAUUCUACCAUUGGAGUUACUAUUUCGAACUGAAUUCAGCAACAAAAGUUGGUUAUGAAUUAUCCAAAGCAAGUGAAGAAAGAUAAGGCUAAUACUAAUGCUACCUCUGAUGCAGCAGAAUUAAAAUCUCCAAGGAUUCUACAGAAGACUUCUGAGUACAAAAGCACAGCUGAGGGAUCCUGAUUUGAUGACUCUAAGAGAAAAGGUGCUUCCAUCAUGGAUAAUUAUCUUAACCUAGAGCAGUUCUCAAAAAGGAAGGACUCUUUCUAUUGCGGUCAGAAUCUAAAGUCACUAGCUCACAGUAAAAAUCCUCAUACAACAGAAAUGAGCAUCGGAAGUUCCACAAAUAGGCUCAAAAGGAAGAUCAAUGCUGUAAGUGCCCUUAGCCUCUCCCUGAUUGGAGGUUUAAUUCAGGAGCACGAAGGAAGAAAGUCCUUAGGUAAAAAUAAUCCAAUUUAACCAA